UUUUUUUUUUUUUUUUUUACCUCCCGCCCCCUCCGUAGGCCCAAGACAGAUAAUAGGGAGAGAGAAAAUUGAGUUCCAACCAAUCGAUGGAAGGGUGGGAGGGAUUAGAGGCGGGAAGAGGGUCGGUAUUCUAGAAAGAGGAAAUGAAGAAGGCGGAGGCAGGACGAAGAAAACAAGCAAUAGAAAAGAGGGAUUCUGAGCCUCCAGGCCAAUAAACACAUCUGAAGAGGUUUCUCUGUGUGGCCUUGCAUAGCUGUCCUGGAACGCACUCUGUAGAUCAUGCUGGCCACGACGAACUCAGAGAUCUGCCUGCCUCUGCCUCCUAAGUUUUGUGGCCUGAGCCACCACCGAACCAGGAACCUUACAACUUCUAAAUUCUGCUUCCUCUGUUCUCUGUUUUCUUGAGCUCUAGGAUGGGUGGACUACCAAUUCCAUAAAGCAUCUGCCACUCUCAGAAUUCUAGUGAGACCUAGCUCUCAAUUUCCCUAUCCCUUGUUGUCUUUUUAGCUCUGAAGCUCCUUAGUCUUGUCAUCUUACUUUCCUGCUCCCAACUCAGAGCCAGACCCUGUGAGGAUCUGUCAGAUCUUCUUUUUAAAGCUUCUCUGUCUUCCAUUUGAUUCAAGUUUACCGAGAACUCCCCAAAUCCCAUUCCCUUUUGGAGUCUUUCUCACCUCCUAGAAUCCACUAAUGAGUGGGCUCCUCCAUGACGUAGCCCCCCAUGGUACCCAUAUAAGGCAAAACAACUGCCAACUAAAGCCGGGAGGGGCCGUGCAGAAGGCCAAGGGCAGCUGCUAAGUUUAGGGUGGCUCCUUCUCUCUUCUUAGAGACAACAGGUGGCUGGGUCCCAGUGCCCAGAAAAGAAAAUGUCUUAGUGGCAUUGGCAUGGACUGGAGGACGGGAAGGGAGGGGACACAUUCCUCAGGACAUCAGGUCCUAAAGGGAGCAGGAGGAGAUGUGUAUCGUUGCCAACCUGGGGUUUCCUCUACUGCUAUUUCUCUAGAUUUCCACUUCAUAGAGCAACAUGGGCCACUGAGGCCCAGAACAUUAUGAAAGUCACAAUGUCAGCCAAGCUAGCUUCUCCCCAGAAGGGAGAAGCCACUGGUUAUGCUAUGUGGGAGAGGGUCGUUGGGGCCUUUGUGUCUUCUCCUCUGAGGUCCUGCAAGAAGCCUAUCUAAACCUCUCUUGCUUCAAGCCUUUCCAAGUUCACCAUUGUCUCCACUUGUUGUUGGGAACCACAUAGUAUUUGGUCACCAACCUUAACAUGCAGCCCCAUCACAGUUCUUGCAAGCCCAACAGCUGACUUUCACUGUCCUGGCCUUUGCCCAUGAGCUGCACCUUCUGUCUGCAUGUCUGCUCGCCAGCCCUCACCUAACUCACUUCCUUAGCUUUCUGCUGAGUUUUGCUCUUGUCAUUUGCCUGCCUGCUUGCUUGCUAAAGUGACCCACAAAACCAAGUAUACUGUCUGUUGGCAAUAAGUGCUUACUGAGGUUAGAUCUAUGCCUACCCCCUCAGGAGCUCAAACAUCCGGUUCAUCUCUUCCAGAUCUAUGGGCUUCCAUGAGCCCCUCUGAAUUCUGGCACACUGCAGUCCCCUUUUGGGAGAAAGAACAUCCCUUCCUACCUAGGUCCUAACAGACUUGCAUCCCAAGACCUCCUCCCCCCUCCCUUCCUGGACUCCAGCUGCUGCAGGCCUCCAAGAAAGGAGAGGCCCCUGAGCUGGGCUAUUUUAGUAUCUGGGGUGGGUAUCCACAGGGCUAAGGUUACCACGGUAUGUUAAGGGGCAGGACUAUAUAACCCCAGAAGAACUGCCCCAAGCAGAUUCUCUGCCUUUUUCCAUCUGGAGCUACUGCCUUGCCCUCAGAGGAUCUAAGACAUGGCACCCAAGAAGGCCAAGAGAAGGGCAGCAGCAGAAGGGAGCUCCAAUGUUUUCUCCAUGUUUGACCAGACUCAGAUCCAGGAGUUCAAGGAGGCUUUCACUGUAAUUGAUCAGAACAGGGAUGGCAUUAUUGACAAGGAGGAUCUUCGGGACACCUUUGCGGCCAUGGGCCGUCUCAAUGUGAAGAAUGAGGAACUCGACGCCAUGAUGAAGGAAGCCAGUGGGCCUAUCAACUUCACUGUCUUCCUGACCAUGUUUGGGGAGAAGCUGAAGGGUGCGGACCCCGAGGAUGUGAUCACUGGAGCCUUCAAGGUCCUGGACCCAGAAGGGAAGGGCACCAUCAAAAAGCAAUUCUUGGAGGAGCUGCUUACCACGCAGUGCGACCGAUUUUCCCAGGAGGAGAUCAAGAAUAUGUGGGCAGCCUUCCCUCCAGAUGUGGGCGGCAACGUGGACUACAAGAACAUCUGCUAUGUCAUCACACACGGUGACGCUAAGGACCAGGAAUAGGGGACCCAAGGUCUCAGAAGACCCAGAUAGGCUUGUAGCCGCACCAACUCUCACCCUGACCCCCCAAUAAAAGUCAACUGGUCUUUGUUUCUUA